AUGCGAGGAACAGGGGUCGAAGCUGAUAACAGCGAGGGCUCUCUGAGGGACAAAUUGUUUGAAGAUUACAAUGUUCAUGUCCGACCAAUAAGGACUCCUCAGGAGAAGGUGACGGUCCAAGUGGGGAUGGUCCUCUCCCAACUCAUCAGCCUGAAUGAGAAGGAUGAAGAGCUUACAACUAAGGGCUUCAUGAAUCUGGCCUGGAAUGAUCGUCGAUUGACCUGGAACCCCAAACAAUAUAAUGGCAUUGAGACCCUUCGAAUCCCCUCUGAAAAGGUGUGGAAGCCAGACAUAGUCCUCAUGAACAACAAUGACGGUGAGUUUGACGUUGCGUUAGAGGUGGAAGUCCUGGUUAAUUGGCAAGGGAAUGUGACGUGGCACCCGCCAUCCUUGUAUCACAGCAGCUGCAGCAUUGAGGUUCUGUACUUUCCUUUCGACUGGCAGAACUGCAGCAUGGUGUUCAGAUCUCAGACCUACGGAGCAGAAGAGAUCACACUGCAGCAUCCCCGAGACUCCCAAGGAAGGGAGAUAACUCAAGUGGUAAUCUUUCCGAACACCUUCACGGAGAAUGGUCAGUGGGAGAUAAACCAUCGAUCUUCUCGUAAGAACACGCUACUCACAGACCCAACGUAUGAAGACAUAACGUUUUACUUGGUGAUUCGCCGGAAACCCAUGUUCUAUAUCGUUAACAUCAUCAUCCCUUGUGUCCUCAUCACCAUCCUGGCCAUCUUUGUGUUUUAUCUACCCCCGGAUGCAGGUGAGAAGAUGACCCUUUCCAUCUUCGCCCUCCUCACCCUCACUGUCUUCUUGCUGCUUCUGGCUGAUAAAGUCCCGGAGACCUCGCUGGAGGUACCCAUCAUUGUCAACUACCUGAUGUUUACCAUGAUCCUUGUCACCUUCUCCGUCAUCCUGAGUGUGGUCGUCCUGAAUCUGCAUCACCGCUCACCAAACACGCACCAUAUGCCCCAGUGGGUGCGGCAGAUCUUUAUCCUUCUUCUGCCCCGAUACCUUGGGAUCAGCCGCCCUAAACCUGAACCUCCUAUAACCACCCCUCCACCAUCACGUACAGUACCAGCUCCGCGACACGCUGACGAGUACUUCAUACGCAGACCGGAAAAUGACUUCAUCUUCCCCAAACAGGAACGGUACCAGGCCGAGUCUUUCUCCAGAGACAUGAAGUGGUUCCUGGAUGGUCCCAGUCUGGGUCUCACCCUCCCUCCAGAUCUACAGUCUGCGGUCAGUGCCAUCAGAUAUCUCGCCCAACAGCUACAGGAGCAGGAAGACUAUGACACUCUGAAGGAGGACUGGCAGUACGUGGCUAUGGUGGUCGACCGCAUGUUCCUCUGGACCUUCAUCAUCUUCACCAGUCUGGGUACCCUGACCAUCUUCCUGAAUGCCAGCUUUAAUCGCCCGCCAGAAGUGCCGUUUCCCUGACUCCCGUUACCACGAUCACACCCUAAUGCUGGGCUCACACUCACCCACGUCUCAUCCAUCUCCUCUGUGCUGUGAAUCUCCGUCUUCUGAACGUCGCCACAUACGUCCAGUCUGAUCCUGAUGAUUUAAUAAAAAAAAGUUAUUGUUUUUCA